AUGCGCGCGCAAGUAUCGUGUACGUUGGCUCGGGUUUCCACCCGAGCAGGAUACGUGGGAGCCGCGCUCUUCGCUUCUUCGAGUCGUUCCAGACGUCUUUCGGGCUUACGAAACGAGACGAACGCCAAAUGUGUCGUGGUGAAGCGUCACCACGGCUACGAGACCAAGAGCGAUUGCGAGGUCGUCGUGGUAAAACGUCACCGCGACGACGAGAUGAAGAACGACGACGAGAACGUCGUAUCGAACGUGUAUCGCCACGACCACGCGAAUGAGAACGUCGUGGCGUGGCACCACGAUUUCGAGAACGCGAGUGGUGUCGCGAGCGUGAUGCGCCACGAUUAA